AUGUCCUCCAUCUUCCCCCAACAACCCUCCACCCCAAGCACCAGCACGAGCACGUCCUUUGCCAGUCCAACGGUCUCGACGGUCGUGGCAACCGCUUCCGGUGGCCGGCUCGGGGCCGGUGGUGGUGCUGGUACGCGACGGCGGCAUUCGACCAGGGUCAGGGAGACGUUCGCUGCGUUGGCCGCGCAGGAGAAGGGUCAGUUCUGGUGGUUCAGGAACUUCGUGGUCGAUCCAUGUGCUGUGUGCUGAUCCAGUCGUGCCUCAUCUCCCUCUCACGCGCGCCGCGUCUCCACCCACAACGGACUACGGACUCUGACCCUCGCACACGGCGACACCUUCGCGCCUCCUCGGGAUGCUCACAGCCCUCGCAAGUGAUCCCAAGUAUCGCAAGUACGCCCAGUCGGUCGAAAGGACACUGCAGUCGUUCGACCAAGUCAACGAAUGGGCCGACUUUAUCACCUUUCUCGCUAAACUGCUCAAGGUCCGUUCAGCGAAGUGGGGGGGGGGGGGGCAUGAACGGUGAACUGAUCCUAUCUUUACCCACUCGAAACGUAUCGUAGUGCCUACAAGCGUACCCGCAGUUCGUCGUCAUCCCGCACAAGCUGAUCGUCGCCAAACGGUUAUCGCAAUGCUUGAACCCGGCUCUACCGACCGGAGUCCAUCAGCGCGCCUUGGAUGUCUAUACCCACAUACUCACCACCAUCGGAGUGAGUCGGCACCGCGGGCGUAUCUCAUCAAGUGUCGAGAAAGCUGAUAUGCUGCGUUCCGCCAACUUCACAGACGGAGAACCUCCGACGAGACCUCCCGGCCUGGUCCUCGGGCAUCUUUCCCUUCUUCCAAUACGCCGCUACAUCCGUAAAAGUAAGUUCAGACUCUAUGCUGAUCGAGGUUGCACAUUGAACGCUGAUACCGAUCACGCUCACCCCUCGCUUCCCUUUCACCGUAGCCGAUCGUGCUCUCCAUCUUUGAACGCUUCUACCUCCCCUUGCAAGAAUCGCUGCGGCCCGCGACCAAAGCCUUCAUCCUCGCUUUGUUGCCAGGGCUAGAAGAAGAGACCGGCGAAUUCUUUGAAAAGGUGCGUGAGGUAGCGAAUCUUGCCUUGCCUGGACUUGGCACUGAUAGCAUGGUCAAUCUUGACCUCACAGGUCGCGGCUUUGCUCGAUCGAGUCUCGGGCGCCGUCUCGCCGUCCUUCUUCUUCCAGAAUGUCUGGCUCGUUUUGGUCACCGCGCCGGGGUCGAGGAUACCGGCGUUGAACUACCUCAGUCGCAGGUUGCCCAAGUUGCAGUCGGAAGAUGGUCAGUUCUACCUGUGUUGCCUGGUGUUCUUUCAAAGCCGAUUCUGACGCCCUCCCGAACUCUCCUUAGGUCUGACCUACAUCGUCGGCCAAGACAUCGGUCUCAUGAUCCGAGGGUUCUCCGCCGCGCUUGAAGAUGCACAGAUCCUUGUCCAACGAGGAAUCCUCGACCUGCUUACCGCGACACUCAAAUUGGACAGUCGAGGAUUCCGAGCCACAUCCCGUCAGGACCAAGUCCUAUUGAUGAGAAGCGUAUUGGGCGUCGUCCUUCGGAGGGACCUCAGUCUGAGUCGGAGGUUAUAUUCCUGGUUACUGGGAACGAACGAAGGUUCCGAAGCCCAAGUCGCGUACCUCAAGGAGCAUGGGUUGGAAUUGGUCAGGGAGGCAUUGAAGCUCGAUAUGGACGCGCAGUCGGUCGAUUCGGUCGAUCGACAGCGUCCUUUCAAGAUCUUCAUUUCGCUCUUGGACAAGUGGGAGAUUGGAGCCGCUUUGACGGAGGUGCUUGUGCUGGAUGCGUUCGCGGCGCUCAAGGUCGCGUUGAGGCCGAAUGAUGAUCAUGAUGAGGUAAGACGAUCCGUCCGACGAGGUGUGGGGUAGCCAGAGCUGAUCUCAUUCAGUUCACUCGGGUUCCGCAGCUCUUGAUGACGGGUAACAUGCUUUUCGAGAUCCUCGAUCCUUUCCUGAUGUGGAAAGCCAUUUACUUUUCGAUGCGCUCAUCCAUUGUCUCGGCCUAUUCCGCCGGAUCAAGAAGCGACAUCUUGACGAUCGAGCUCGUACGCUUCAUCGUCGCAACGUUCCGACUCCACGACGAGGAGGUGCAAAAAUUACACGCCCCCUUCGUCGCGUUUGGUCUGAUCGACCUCGUCGAACAAGCCUUGACGGGAACCCUCCAAAUCGAACAAGGCCUAGCGACUCGGGCCCUCGAACCCGAUCGACUAGUCCUCACCACGAUCCUUCAAUUCGUCGUCGAAUUGAUCAAGGAAGUCUCCCCCCAUUUCUACGACAGCAACGACGCGCUCGUCGUGCUUGACCCACCCGAGGAUCCUCAUUUAGGUCAAACACUCGCCGAUCUCUUGUACGGUGCGACGGAUAUGAAGACGGCGUCUCUACCCGAAACGGAAGGAAGAGAAUUACUGGCCAGUGGACUGGCCUCGACGACGAGGGUCAUUCAAGCUUGCGUCGAACCGAAUUCGAGAUUAGGAGAUGCCCAAAGUCGAUACCAAACCAACGGAGGCAAAUUGCUCCUUGACUCGCUCAGGGUCCUCCUCUCUCUGUUCGUCGUCACUGAAUCGCUCGAUACCCAGAUCAAGGUCGCUUGGGAACCCGAAACGUGGGCCAAGAGUGUUGUAGGAGCGUUGGAAAGGACCGAGACGACGAUGGCGAAUUGGGGUAUCUUUGGCUGUGUGGUCUGGGGAUUGUCGACGGUGAUGACGGGGAAGAAUGUUAGGCCGACGCUCAAGAGAAACCGGAGGGAUUUGCUGGAGGCGAUCGCUGCCAAGGUCGGUGCUUGGUCUUGAAUCAGAUAGGGGUCCGGAUUGAAUUGACGUGCGCCUUUUCUCCGACUGUGCAGUUGCUCGAGUACCUGCAACCUUCCGGAGCACCCUGUUUCGUCGAAGCCGUACAGAUGCUCUGGGCGAUCGAAAGCUUCUCCGACUAUCGUCUGCUCGAGACCAUGAUCUCGGAGCGAUUGGCUUCGCCCGACCCGGCCGUUCGGCUAGCGGCGUUCGAGGCAUUCGGCAACCUGUGGCGCUUCACCGAGGACUCGCAGUUGCCCGGCGUGGUGUUGCGUACUCCGAUGUUCCGGAUGCUCGAUUCGCUCAAGGCCGAUGAUUUGAGUACACGAAGAGCAGGCGAGGCAUGGAUGCGCUGCAGUCUCAAGUCCUACCUGCGUAUACUGGAUCCUUUACUGUUCACGCUUUUGGACCCGUCAAUCGAACAACGUUCGACCAUCAUCAAAGUUGCGGAUCUGCGCGUGCCCAUCCUCGAAUACGAAGCAACAUUCGACCAAGCACGAGUGCACCACGUCUUGGACUGUUUGCUCGGUCUCGCGAGAUUCGGCGGCCAAGGCUUCAUCCGCAUCGCCAAAGGGUCGUUCAUGAAGCAUUCGUUGGAUCCGAGUUUCAGGGAACGCGUCCGAGCCGCCGAUUUGGAUGCGCAUACCUACCUCGAUGGACUGAUCAUCAUCCUCAUGCGAUUCCUUCGCGCCGAACCCAAUCCUAAACUCGUCCCUUCCCUCGGUCCGCUCAAUUACCACAUCCAUUCGGUCGUCGCUGAACUGCUCCAAGUCGUCAUGUCGCGUGGCGAGGCGGAGAUUACGGGUCUGUCGACGAUCGAGUCGGCGUUGACGUCGAGGUUGUACCUGUGCGUUCAUAGGGGGGAAUUGGACCUGCAGAACAAGUUGUUGCACGUCUUACAUUCCGUCGUCCAUGCUGUUGCGGGGUCGAAUGCACGAAGACAUCGACGAGCCCCUUCGGUCGCGUCGACGACGGGGACUUUAAUCGCGGCGAAUGAGCUCUCGAACGAAGCCCAACCUCCGGAUAUGACUCACGAUGCCAUGUUCGUGCGCGUCGUUUCGGACGGCGUCACAACACAGAACAACAACGCCGUCAUCCAUCAUUGGAUCGAUUUCCUCCUCAUGACCAUACCCCAAUUCCGCCAAUCGCUGCAUUCCGUCUUGUUCCCUUUGAUCGAUUGUCUCGUGCAGAGGUUACGUUCCUUUGUCGGCGAUUUCGAAGGAACGUAUGGGGUCGAUCGGUCCGAAUUGAUCAAGCCUUUGACUUCGGCGACGGAUGCCGAGUUCACGGUCCUCGUCAAUGCGCUGGAGAGGCUACUCCUCAUCGCGAUUGCGGAGAGUAACGCCGUCGCACCGGACGAAGAACCCAAAACCUCCACCGCGAUGUCGAGUGAUGCCUCGGCCGGAACGGGUUUGUUAGGCUACAUGAGUGGCGUUCUCGGAUCGGCGGAAGUCGAAGUGACGGAGGUGUCGGAAGCGACCAAGACGAAACAUGCGACCUUGCUUCGGCUACGCGAUUGCGUAGUCAUGCUCCUUCAAUCGUGGGACGUCUCGACUCGACUCGAAAUCCUCGCCGGCGACGACGUUUCGACUUCGAUGGGUCACUUCGCCGCGAGGGCCAAGUUGAGGGCUCGCAAGGCGUUGGAAAGGAUCUACAAAUCGGCGCCUUCGGAUUCGCUCGAUGACAUCGCCGCGCAUUGGCAGAAGUUAAAGGAUUCGGAGAGUGAAGCGAGGGUCUUUGAGAUGGUCGGGAUACUGGCUCCUAGCGCACAGUCCGUCGUUUCGAUGAUAUGUGAAAAGUUGGGACCGUUGUCGAAAGGCGCGACGAGCUCGAACCAGCACGACAAGAACCGAUCGCCUUACCUGGCUUCGGACGAGUUGUUGUUCGCUUUCCUCGAGGCCUACCUUGAUCGUUUGGACGGGGCCAUGUCGAUGCAAGUCUGGAGUACAUGCCUCGGGCUCGUCAGGGAUUGCCUCAGCAACAUCUCGACGUCCCGUCCGCACAUCUUUGCGUGCUUGAGGUGCUUCACGACACUAUCGGAGAAGGUCUCGCAAACGAGUGCGUUGGAAGAUCGAAGGAUGCGCAGGGAUUUGCAAGAGACCUUCAUUCGCUUGGCUGACGCGUCGAUCCAACUCGCUGGUCGAUCGGUCGAUCAAAGUGGGUGGUUGAGAAAGGGAAGGACAGAGAGGUUGAAUGGUGAAGGGGAAAGCGCCAUGUCCAAGGAGACAAAGGAGACCGAGGACGUGACCGAUGACGAGAAACGAGCCCUCGCCGCGACGCCGAGCAACCAUGCGCUCGAUAUCACCGACUUCCUCACACGCCGCGUCCUCCCCGAUUUCAGGCGAUUCCUCAUCGAUUCGGACAAGACCGCAGCGACUUGCUCCAACAUGGUCUACUACAUCGUCGCACCGGCGUUCAAGACCAGGUCGAAGACGUUCGAGGUCGAACCGGCCGUGUUCUCGCUGUUGCAUGAGAUGGUCAAGAACCCGGCGACGGUCAAGGCGUGGAAGACGAUGGUCAGCGAUGCGUUUGGGGAUAAUCGCUUCUUCAAUGCCCCGCCGACAGCAGAUGCGCAUUGGAGACCGGUCAUUCAGGCUUUCGUGGCCUCGGAUAAGGAGAGGCUUGUCGAACUUACUUGUGAGCAAGAGGCUGGUCGUCUGCUCGAGGCUGAUCUGAUAAUGGGGAGACUGAUCUUUGUCCACCACCCCGUCAUGCACCUCGCUCACGCACAGCCAAGAUCUCGUCCGUGUCCUCGGCCAACAUCUUCACCAACCGCGAGCUCGAGAACCUCUCGCGCGCGCUCUCGCUUCGUCGCUUGACCUACGUCCUAUUCACAGGCGAUAAGGACCGCUUUUUGACUCAGCUCCCCAUGAUUCAAGAAAAACUCGUCGACUUGCUCCGCUCGAGUGUAGGUGACAUGGUCCAUGCCGAGGUGUACCUCUGCUUGCGGGUCCUAUUCGUUCGCAUCGGGAAUCAACACCUCUCCGGUCUAUGGCCGACGAUCCUCACCGACCUCUUGAGGCUCUUCGAUUCGCUCGUCGAGCAAAGCGUCCCCGACAAAUCGGACCUGUUGCAACUCGUGCAUUCGGCAUGCAAGUUCCUCGACCUGACACUGGUCUUGCAGACGGAGGACUUCCAAAUCCAUGAAUGGAUGUUCGUCACCGACACCGUCGACGCCAUGUACCCACCUGAUUCGUGGCUCCCUCAAGCGAUCAUGGAUCGAUUGGGCGAGAUCAUCCAUGAUGGUCGAUUCGCGCCUUCGAGUCCUUCAGCGUCCAUCUCCCCCGUCGUCACAAGAGGAGGGGGCGUAGGUACAGCUUCCGAAUCAACGGCUGCCUGGGCUUCGGACCGCAUUACCCCUCGGAGACCUAUGCUCGUCGGACGAAGGGUCAACACGAUCGGCGACUUGAUCCCCUUCUUCUCGACCGUUAGUCUCGCAGCGUACGAAAGCGUCUAUGGCUCGGGAGGGCGCAUCGAUCAUGAGGCCGUCGAAAAGGGCCUGGCGAGGGACUUGUUCGACUUCUUGGAUUGA